AUGUCUGAUGUAACUGCUGAUGAUGUUCUUUCAGUUUAUGAGUCGUCUGUUACCCGUUCCCUUAAUUUUAUUUCCCCAAUUCAGAAAAGACUGAUCAAAACACGUAAAAAACCUAGGUGGUAUUAUAACCAGGACAUUCACGUAGCUAGACGUAAACGACGACAGUUUGCUCGCCGAUUUAUUAAAAAUGGGUGUGAUGAGAACUGGGAUGCUUUUCUCUCAGCUAAGAAACAUGCUUGUUAUAUUACUGUUGAGUCGAAACAGAGAUACUUCAAUGAUGUUCUAUUGAAUUGUACUGCUAAGACUGCCUUUUCUACUUUGAAUUUACUGUUAAGCAGCAACAAAAAGGCAGCAUGUUAUCCAGUGCAUGAUGAUCCAGAUCGGCUUGCUAAUGACUUUGUUGACUUUUUCAGCAUAAAGGUACUUGACAUUCGUAAAUUUAUAGAUGAGGCUGAUAUUCAUAUUUAUGAUUUUCUGCAAGAUUCUUUUGUCAAUGUUUCUUCAUCUGUCUUUCAACAAUUUUCAAUUGUAACACAGAGUGAGAUCUUGAGUAUUAUUCGUUCUUGUUCUCAAUCAAGCUGUAGUAUUGAUGUCAUGCCUGUGUGGCUGUUGGAACAACGCACUGAAGUAAUACUUCCUAUUCUUACGGACCUUAACGUAUCUUUCUCUUCGGGUGUUUUUCCGAAAAGAUUAAAGCAUGCUGUUGUCAGACAAAUCCGUAAGAAUCAUAACCUUGAUAAGGAACUGCUUAGGAAUUACAGGCCUGCUUCAAAUCUCUCAUUUUGUUCUAAACUCAUUGAGCGUGUUGUUGUUAAUCAACUUUCCGUCUAUUUAGAUGACUUUGAUCUCCGUGAAAUUUUCCAAUCUGCAUAUAGAAAAUACCACAGCACUGAGACGGCUCUUCUUAAAGUGUACACGGAUUUGUCUCAAGCUCUUGAUGAGAAACUUGGAAUGAUCCUUGUUCUAUUUGAUUUGUCGGCAACUUUUGGCACCAUUGACCAAUCCAUUUUAUUAAAACGCCUUGAAACAUUGUUUGGCAUCACUGGCAGUGCGUUGUAUUGGAUUAGAUCCUAUUUGGUAGGUACAGUAGAUCUGUGUGUUACACUUCCUGGUGGUCAGUCAUAUUUCCGAACACUUGAGUAUGGUGUUCCACAAGGUUCUGUGGUUGGACCAUGCUUUUUUACAUUAUACCUUAGCCAACUAGGUAAUAUAAUCAGGAAGCAUGAUGUUAACUUUCAUUUCUAUGCUGAUGAUCUUCAAUUAUGCCUGAAAUUUAAUCCUUUAGAUCAUUUUGGUAUUGAUGAUUCUGUUUUUCGGCUAAAAUUGUAUCACUGA